AGGCGUUUAAUGUAAAUGUGACUCUUAUCACUGAUGGACUCUGAUCAGGGUCAUUGUGUUUUCUUUGCAAGGGUAAGUUGAACUGUUUUGGGUGUGACGUCUAGUUCCACGUCAACACUUUCCACAACAAACACGUUCCACUAGUUUCAGCAGAACUUUCUGAAAGAGUUGGAAUGGAUCUUGUGAAACAUACCGGUGGCUGCCACUGUGGGGCUGUUAGGUUUGAAGUCUGGAGUUGCCCAGACCUCCAUGUUUUUGAUUGCAACUGCAGCAUUUGCACAAAGAAACAGAACCAUCAUUUCAUCGUCCCAAAGCAAAACUUCACACUCCUGCAGGGGUCAGAUAAUCUUACCACAUACACGUUUAACAGUCACGUUGCGAAACACAUCUUCUGUAAAACCUGUGGGGUUCAAAGUUUCUACAGUCCACGCUCUAACCCUGAUGGCUUUGGUGUUGCUCCACACUGUUUGGAUUCAGGUACUGUGCGAAGUGUCACAGUGGAGAAGUUUUGUGGGGAUAAGUGGGAGGAAAGCAUGCAAGCUCACCAGACCAUCAGAGACAUGUCUAAACCUGCAACAGAGGCACAGCUGACAGAAACAAAACAACACCACUGAUACCAGAAUCAAACUUUUAUUUCAAUCAGUAGUAUAUCAGAAAUACUGUACAAUAUUUUCAACAAUCUUUGCAAUAAAAUUAAGAGAAGAAAACUAUAACCCUUGGAGACAUUCAAAUUCUUAGUGU